GUAACCAGCGUAAAUAAACAUUCAUUUUAGAUUCCUUUGUGCAUUAUAAGCGUUAUAAAAUUUCUUUCGGGAAAUUUUUAAGGUUUAUUUUGUGCUUAUUUUGAGGAAUAUUAAUUAUUUCGAAGUUAUAUUAAUCGGUUUUAGUUAUAAGUUUGUUCGUUUGUCAUUUUUAGGUAAGUGAUUUGGAGGCGUAAGCAGUUGAGUUUUAUUGUGCUGGCGAUUGCUUCCUUUAAAGUCCUCAAACAAGCAGUUUUUUGACAAAUUUGGCUCAUUGAAUGUUUUAGAUUUUAUUUCGCCCAGUUAGUUUUAUUCUACAAAAUCAAAGAUUUUCAAGCACCCAACACUUAUUAAACUGAUUAGAUCUAAAAGUGCUGUGCUCCAUUGACAAACCAAGCAAGGUUUUUGGAAAAAUUUUACUCAUUGCAUCCUAUAGUAUUUGUCUUCCAUAGUUCCAAUCUACAAAAACAAAGAUGCCAAAAAUGAGUAAGAAGUCUGCUAAGACAACAAGACUCCAGAAUAAAGAAAAAUAUAUGUCCAGCAAGAUGGUAAAGAAAGACAGUGGUGACAAAAAGGAAAAUUUAGAAAUUCCUGGUAAGCCUAUAAAUUUGCAACAAAAGUUGCCCAAAGAUAUGGUUCCAGAGGAUAGUACCAGCAAGGUAAAAUUUAAUGAAAUUGUAACACAGUUUAAUAAGCGAAAAUCAUUGACGGUUAUUGAUGACAAUGAUGCAUUGUCAUCAAAAAUUGUCACUCAAAAGAAACAAAAAGUUAAUGAUUCCUUUAAAAAAAUAUCACCUAUAGAUAAAAUUGAAAAGAAGCCAGAACCUACUAGAACCAAUCACCCAACCAAGUUUGAACUAGCAUUAAGAGAAGGCCCCACCAUUGUAUGCAGUUGUUGUUUGCGAUUAUGGUUUCCCACUUCAUGUAAAAAAAUAGAUCUACAAGUACUAAAAAACAAAUUUGGAAACCAAUUCACUACACAAAUUUGCAAUGAUGGGGUUUUCUUCUGCAAGUCUUGCUCAUUAAAUAUUUAUAAAGGACAAUUGCCAAAGUUCUGGUCCGGCAAUCAUAAUAUUGUUCACCCUAUACCAGUUGAGCUAAAAGAUCUGACUAUCCUUGAAGAAAGGAUGGUGUCGGCCAGGUUACCUUUCAUGCAAAUCCGACAGGUAGGAUAUGCACGACAGUGUUACAUAACUGGCCAAAUAGUCAAUGUCCCUAUAAAUAUAGAUACUUCGACCAAAUUAUUGCCUAGAAAUGUAGAGGAGACACAAACUAUUCAGGUUAAGCUCAAGAGAAAAAUGAAUUAUAAAAAUGAUUAUCUCCUGGAAACCAUACGGCCCGCAGUUGUUCUAAAAGCGGCAAAAUUUUUGUGUCAACAACCUCUUUACAUACAAGAAGGCAUAAAGCAAUCAGAUGAUUGGGAAAAAAAUAUUAAUGGCUACUUAAGAUCUCAAGUAGAAUCCUCUGCACAGAUCUUAAAUGAAGGCUCAAAAGUGGUGGAACUGGAUUCUAAAACAGUGUGUAGUGAAAAUUUUGAAGAAUUGUUCGAUAAUGCGUUUUUCGAAACAAUGGAAGUGCCCCUAGAAUCUAAGAAUGACGAUAAAAAUAUUCAAAAAGAAUCUUCAAUUGAAAAAAACAAUUUAUACAAUUUAGAGGAAUUCUUAGAUGAAGAAGAAGAGCCUUUAAAUCCUGGGGGCCAAGAAACUUUGCUUGACAAAUGUAACCUAGAAAAUAUCUGUUUUGCCCCAGGAGAAGGUAAAACGCCAAUACAUUUGAUGCUUGACCAGUUUAGCGAUGAACUCUCAUUUCCUACACUUUUCUGUGGACAUGCUAAGCAAUUUCUUACAAAAUUCUCCUAUUCUGACCAGACGAAAAUACAACUCCAGCACAAAGACAGGCGAUUUGCAAGGACAGACUAUCUGUUGUAUACAUUUAAAAAACGUCAACUAAUCCAAUUAUCCAGUGCAAUUGCAACAUGUCUCAGAAAAAAGAGGAAUGAGGAUGGAAAAUAUACAGCUGGACAAGUAAGACAAGCAAAUUUUCUAGACCAGCUGAUUCGAAGUGACAUGGGAUUCCAUUUUCUUAGUAGAAUUGCAGGUUCACCUGCUUAUUGGAAGCACGAAAAGACAAAAUUACUGUGUAUGAUUCGCCAAUUUGGAAUCCCCACACUGUUUUUUACCGUGUCAGCAGCCGAAACAGCAUGGCCCGAAUUAAUCAAGGUAUUAGCACAAGUUGUUGAUCAAAAAGAUGUUACUUUAGAAGAGGCCGCGAGUAUGCCCUACUUAGAAAAAACUCGCUUAAUUAGAACAGAUCCGAUAACUUGUGCCAGAUACUUUGAUUAUCGGUUCAAACUGCUAUUUAAACAUAUGAAGAGUCAAAAUGGACCCUUUAAACAAAAUCCCAUAGAGCAUCAUUAUUACCGCAUAGAAUUUCAACAUCGUGGGUCUCCUCAUGUUCACGGGUUAUUGUGGUUAUCCAAUGCUCCAAAAUUCCAAGAAACACCAGAAAGUUUCAAAGAGUGUGCCGAAUUCGCGAACCGGUAUAUUACUUGUAAUAGUGAUUUAGAAAGUGUCCGUGAUAUAAUUCAGUUUAAUACGCAUCAUCAUUCUAAAUCGUGUCAAAAAGAAGUGCGGGGACACAAAGUUUGCAGGUAUGGUAUCCCAUUCCUGCCAAUGGAUAAAUCGGUAAUUCUAACGCCAAUAAAAAUUGACAAAACCAAGGAAGCGGAUUUACGUAAGGCCAUGUCUGAAAAGUUUUUAAUGAUAAUGCGUAGGCUUAAGGAUAAACCAGAUUUAUCAUUUGAAAACUUUUUGGCUGACCUUGGUAUGUCUAAGGAUGAGUAUCUUAAUGUUAUACAGCACAACAUUUUUAAAACCACUUUAUUUUUAGAAAGGCUGCCAAAAGAUGGUUUUAUUAACAACUUUAAUGCUGAAAUGUUCUCCAUGAUGAAGAGCAACAUGGACAUUCAAUUAGUUUUUGAGCCAUAUGGUUGUUGCACCUACAUAGUCAACUAUAUCAAUAAGUCCCAAAGAGGUGUGUCUGAUAUUUUAAUGAAGACUAUGGAAGAAAUUAAAAAAGGUAAUUUAGAUGUUAAGGGCAAACUUAAAUCUCUUGCAGCAGCUUUCUUAAAUGCGAGCGAAGUAAGUGCCCAGGAAGCCGCCUACAGCGUGUUACAACUACCGAUGCAUGACACCUGUACCUCCUAUGUAUACAUACAUACAAAUCCAAUCAGGGAAAGGACAAAAAUGUUGAAACCAUUAGCACAACUUAAAGAAAUGGACAAUGACGAUCCCAAUAUUUAUUGUGAUGGUCUUAUAGAACACUAUGAACAGCGGCCUGAUGAGAUGGAAAACAUAUGUUUGGCUGAGUUUGCGGCCUAUUAUGAUUUCUUUAAGAAACAAGCAGAAACAAAGGCUAAUGGUUUACCCUUAAAAGAUGGAAGUGGCGUUUUAGUUAAAAGGGGUCAUGCUAAAAUUUUAGCCUACCGUUGUUAUGGACUUCAGCAAGACCCUCUUAACUAUUAUAGGGAACAAAUAAUGCUAUACAUCCCAUGGCGAAAUGAAGUGGAUGAAGUUGAAAAUGACAACAUUGAUCAACAGACCAUAUACAAAGAUCGAUACCAAGAGAUUGUUGCAAAUCGACAAAAGUUCAAUGUCUUAGAUGAACAGGUAAUCGACGAAGCCCUGAAACUUGCCGAAGACCGAUCAAAUCAAUUAGACGAUGGUGGAUUCGGUGGAGAAAUCGAUGAUGAGUUUAUGCCUUAUGGACUAGACAACCCCAUUUAUGAUCCAUUCAAUCACAUCAUCGAUAAGAAAGACGACGAAGCGCCAGUAAAACAUAUCGCUUUCCCAACGCCUCAUCAGAUAAGCGAUUCAGAGUAUGAAGCCCUCAUAAGCAAACUGAAUCACAAGCAGUAUCAGUUCCUUAAUGUCGUGCAAGACAGUCUAAUUGAAGGGGAAACUUUCUACUGCACACUUAGUGGUCCAGCAGGUACAGGCAAAAGUCACCUGAUUACGGCAAUAACCCAGUCGUUAUUGCGCCAUUUCAACUCAAUACCGGGAAAUAAUCCUGAAAGUUUAAAAGUGUUACUUUGUGCGCCUACAGGUAAAGCGGCAUUUAAUAUCGGAGGUAUAACCUUACAUGCGGCAUUAUCGUUACCCGUUAGUCAGUAUGGUGAAGAACUAAUUCCGUUACACCAUGACACCGUUAAUACUAUAUAUUGUAAUUUGUGUGACUUAAAAUUAAUUAUUGUAGAUGAAUAUUCCAUGGUUGGCGCCAGAUUGUUUGACCAUAUUAACAGUAGAUUGCAGCAAAUCUUUAAAUCUGACGCCAUCUUUGGAAAUAUUUCAAUAAUUUUAUGCGGCGAUAAUCGUCAAUUACCCCCAGUAAGGGAUAUGUAUAUUUUUUGCCCGGUAAAAACAAAUCCGUAUAAAGAAUUAUGCGGGACGUAUCUGUGGGAUCAUUUUAAAUAUUUUGAACUUUCAGAAAUAAUGAGACAGAGUGAAGAUAAGUCUUUUGCAGUUGCCCUCAAUAAUAUGGCGUUUGGUAAAAUGACCGACGAAGAUGUGCAAUUGAUCAAGUCCAGGGAAGUCGACAGUAUUGACCAAAUUCCUGAAGACACUAUGCAUUUAUUUUGCACCAAUGCAGAAGUAGAUGCAUUCAAUGAAAUGAAACUGUCUACAUUUAAAACCGAGCGAGCCGUAAGUCAAGCCAGAGACGUUAUCAAAGGGAGUUGCUCAGAACGACUAAAAAAUUUAUUUCUGGAACACGCAAAAAGCUUAAAAAAGGGGGAGAGUUUUGGCCUAAUGUUAAAUUUAAUAUUGCAGGUAGAUGCCAAAUAUAUGAUUUCAAUGAAUGUGGACACCAGUGAUGGAAUAGUCAAUGGUGCAACAGGCAUCCUACGUCAAAUAGACUAUGACCGAAAUAAAAUUCCAUUCAGAGUGUGGAUGGAGUUCUUCGAUUCCAAGUCAGGCCAGGAAUGCCGCAAGAGAAACGAAUCCCUUAAGAAGUCUAUGGGUGUGUUAUACACCUGGACGCCCAUAGAAAAAGCUGCACGAGCUAUUAAAGUUCAAAAAGGCAGCAAUGUUCACGUUGAGCGUCUUCAGUUUCCUCUUGUAAUCAGUGAAGGAAUUACAAUCCACAAGAGUCAAGGUGCCACCUACAAACAGGUGGCUGUUCACGUUGGAAAUCGCAUGACGAGAACCAGUACCUAUGUUGCUUGUAGUCGGGCCACAAAGCUUAGUGGCCUCUACAUCAUUGGUAACUUUAAGGCCCCCAAACCGGUAACCGAAAAGGAUGCCGCUUAUAAAGAACUGGUAAAUAUGCAAGAAAACAAACUUAUAACAUCCAGAAACGGACUUCCAACCUGUGGAGAAUAUAGAAAAAAUAACCUAACGAGAAAAGUAUAUGCCCUAUGCCCGCGUCCUCAACCCAAUCCAACCCAACUCAGCCGAACCCAACCCAACCCAACCCAACCUGUGGAGAAUAUAGAAAAAAGAACCUAACGAGAAAAGUAUAUGCUCUAUGCCCGCCUCCUCGACACCCUGCAUGGGAGAGCAGAAGAACUUAUUAACAAUACUAGUGUUUUCUGAAGAGAAAAAAAAAUGUAAUAAAAAAAUGUUAUAAUUCCAUAUAUUUUUAUAGUUACGUUUAUCAAUGUUACCGUGAUAAUUAUCCUCUAAUUCCUUUUAGUUUUUUAAUCAGUCAGAUUUUAUAGUGUGACCAUAAUAAAUUAAGAUUUAUAUGCUAAA